UCUCAAAAUGUCAUCAAGUGAUUCGGAAGAUGAGGAGCAGAUGAAAAUGUUUUUGGAAGCCUCAGACACAACACUGCUGAACAAUGAUAUGUUUAAGGGCAAAGUUGAAGAGGAAACAAAUGACAAUAAAAAUGUUGGGAUAAAUGUUGUGAUCACAAAGAAAGAGGAAGAUAAACCCAAGUCCCAACGUUACCUUGUAGACGAAGAAGACACAACCGGAACAGAUUUUAAUUUACCCGAAUCUAUGCAAAAACAUUUGGCUAAAAAAUUCAAUGAUAUCUUAAAGGAAAAAUACGAAUUCUGUGAAGUAGUACAGGAAGAAUCAAACAAAAAGAAGACUAAAACAAAAAGUCGUGUUCGCCUAUUGAAUGGAUUUGAAGAUUAUGUAAAACCCUAUGAAGAAUUUGAAUAUGAAACGAAAGGUCCUGAUCGAAAGCCGGAAAUCAAAAGAAGAAUAAUUGAAAAUACUAACGCAGAUGAUGAAGAAUGUCUUAAACAAAUAGCCAUAGACGGAAAUGAUAUAUUGUCCGGCAAAGAAAUGAAAUGUUGGGCAAAGAAAAAAGAGCGAAAAGAUAAAAUAUUUCAUUAUCGCUUGGGGGCAAAUGAUAUUUGUCAUGCCAAAGAAGUUGUCAAUGAAUUUACACCAAUUAGACGCAAAAAUCAUUGGAGUGAAAAUAAAAUAAAAGAUUUUAAAAUUGUUAAAAAGUAG